AUAUCCGUAGUAUUUGGUGGGUGGUGCUUGAAGGAAAAAUACACUGACACAGAAAAAUGAUGCUCUCCAGAUUAGGAAGGACUUCUUGGAGUUGCAGCAGGUCAUGGCUCCGUCCUUCAUCCUCCUCCACGAGGAGAGGGGUCCUUGGAACGAGUAGGAGGAGCCUAGGGACUUUAAGAAGAGCCAAUAUAGCCAGAAAUAGCCAAAGAAUAACAUCAACCCUGACUUAUAAAACUACCCUGAACUCCUCUGUGUUUGUACGCUCUCUCUCGUCUAACCUUCCAUCCCACACUGAAGUGGUUUUACCAGCUCUUUCUCCCACAAUGGACCAAGGGACCAUUGUAAAGUGGGAGAAAGAAGUAGGUGAUAAGUUAGAAGAGGGAGACAUCAUAGCUCAAGUUGAGACUGAUAAGGCUACAAUGGAUAUGGAGACACCUGGUGAAGGAUAUCUCGCUAGAAUAAUAGUACCAGCUGGAAGCAAAGACCUGCCACUGGGGAAGUUGCUUGCUAUUAUUGUGGAGGAAGAGAGCGACAUUGAAGCUUUUAAAGAUUAUGCUCCAAGCGAAUCACAAACCACGCCUACUCCAACAACACCAGCCCCAGCAGCAAGUGAGCCAGUUAGCGAAGGAGGGGCUGGAGGCGUUCCUCUAGAUCUUCCAUCCCACACUGAAGUAGUAUUACCAGCUCUCUCUCCCACAAUGGAUCAAGGAACUAUUGUAAAGUGGGAGAAAGAAGAAGGAGAGAAGUUAGAAGAGGGAGACAUCAUAGCUCAAGUUGAGACUGAUAAGGCUACAAUGGAUAUGGAGACGCCUGGUGAAGGAUAUCUCGCUAAAAUUAUAGUACCAGCUGGAAGCAAAGACCUGCCACUGGGGAAGUUACUAGCAAUUAUUGUUGAAGAUGAAUCUGAUGUUGCUGCCUUUAAAGAUUAUUCUCCUUCUCAAACGUCAUCCCCAGCUCCACCCAUGCAAGCUCCACCUACUGCCACGCCCACACAAACUACUAGUCCCAUCCAAUCGCCUCCAUCAGGUGUAAAACCUCCUCCUCCUUCAGCCUCCUCUCCUGUUGGUAGGAUCAUUGCUAGCCCUUACGCCAAGAAACUAGCUUCAGAAAAAAGCAUAAACCUUCAGUCUGUAUCCGGUACUGGUCCUGGUGGUCGUAUUGUUGCAAGGGAUGUUCUUCAAGGUACACCAACUGUAGUUCCUGCAUCAGUGACCACGCCCACUCCUGGAGCCUCCUAUGAAGACAUACAGUUGUCUGGAAUGCGCAAAACGAUAGCUACAAGACUAAUGGAGUCGAAAAGGAACAUACCUCACUAUUACCUAAGCAUUGAUAUCACUAUGGACGACCUAUUGAGGUUAAGAUCAGGAGUUAAUUCCAGUGGAGAUAUCAAACUAUCAGUGACUGAUUUCUUAGUCAAGGCCUCGGGACUGGCUCUGAUGGAAGUACCUCAAGUCAACUCCUCCUGGAUGGAGUCCUACAUCAGACAGUACAACAGCGCUGAUGUGAGUGUUGCUGUUAGUACAGAGGGAGGACUAAUCACACCAAUAAUCACUGGAGCAGAGAAUAAAGGUUUAAAAACCAUCAGUACUGAAAUGAGGGACCUAUCGGAGAGGGCCAGGAGCGGUCGGCUACAGCCUCAUGAGUUCCAAGGAGGUACCUUCACCAUAUCUAACCUUGGGAUGUACGGGAUACGUAACUUCUCAGCUGUCAUCAAUCCACCACAGUCUUGUAUUCUUGCUGUUGGAGCAACACAGAAAAGAGUCAUAGUUGACGAAGACGACAAUAAAAAUUACAAGGUUGCCUCGGUGAUGAGUGUGACGAUGAGUUGCGACCAUAGAGUGGUGGAUGGAGCAGUUGGGGCUCAAUGGCUCUCAGUCUUCAAGUCUUACAUUGAGAAACCUUUCAAGAUGCUGUUAUAGAACAAAGCGCAAAAUGCAUAUGUUGUAACGUGUAAAAUAGUUUUAAUUGUGUUUUAGCUACCUAGUGAAUAUUUAUGUGUAUAGGGAUUAGCUUUAUGUGUCAUGUACAUGUACAUUUAAAUUCUGUUUAGCUAUUAUAAUAGAUGAAAUAUAAAGCUAAUAGCUAUUGUUAAAACA